CGGGGCCCCGCCCCCAGGAGCCACCGCCCAGCCGCUGACCCGCGCCGCUCGGAGCUGCGUCCAGGGGACUUGGGGCCUCAGGGAGGCCCCGUCCAUUCAUCAUCUGAUGUCAUCUCUGCUGGAUCCGCGGGUUUGGAGGGACCUCAGCCCAUUUCACAGCAGAGGAAACCAAGGCUCCGAAGUGGUAACUUGGCUGAGAUCUCCUGGCAGCCUUCUUCCACCGUCUGCCUCCUUCCCUCCUUGGGGCAGAACAGCGCCUGCCUGGUGCCCUCUUGCUGCCCCCGAUCCCAAAGGAGACCAAACCGGAGAACUUUCCAUGCAGUGGCCCCAGGGGAGGCUGUUGUCCUGGAGCUGCCCCCAGAGUAGAGGCUGUGCGUACCAAGUGAGCGGCCCCAUUUGGCCUGGAAGCCUCUUACCUUGGCAUCUGUCCACCUUUACACGGAGCUGAAGCUGGACUGACCCCAGAGCAUCUGCAUAGAGUGAGGGAAGGACUAGAACAUGCUCUGAAGACCCCUGCAGCAAGACCUGGGAAGCAGUGAGCUCAGUCCAAACCCAGAAGAAACCCAGGGACAGCUCUUCGGAGAACCACCUGCUCCCCGCACAGCUGUGGACCUCUUGUUUGCGGUCGCCCUGCCCCCAGCCCACCAUGGCCUCCGCUGACAAGAAUGGCGAGAGCGUCUCCUCUGUGUCCAGCAGCCGCCUGCAGAGCCGGAAGCCGCCCAACCUGUCCAUCACCAUCCCACCUCCCGAGAACCCGGCGCCGGGCGAGCAGGCCAGCAUGCUUCCCCAGAGGCCCAGGAACCCAGCCUACGUGAAGAGUGUCAGCCUCCAGGAGCCACGGGGACGAUGGCAGGAGGGCAGCUCAGAGAAGCGCCCUGGCUUCCGCCGCCAGGCCUCCCUGUCCCAGAGCAUUCGCAAGGGCACGGCCCAGUGGUUCGGGGUCAGCGGUGACUGGGAGGCCAAGCGACAGCACUGGCAGCGCCGGAGCCUCCACCACUGCAGCGUGCGCUACGGCCGGCUCAAGCCCUCGUGCCAGCGCGACCUGGAGCUCCCCAGCCAGGAGGUGCCCUCCUUCCAGGGUGCCGAGUCGCCGAAGCCCUGCAGGAUGCCCAAGAUUGUGGAUCCCCUGGCCCGUGGACGGGCGUUCCGUCACCCGGACGAGGUGGAUAGGCCCCAUGCCCCGCACCCACCGCUGACCCCAGGGGUCCUGUCCCUCACCUCCUUCAGCAGCGUCCGCUCCGGCUGUUCCCACCUGCCCCGCCGCAAGAGGAUGUCUGUGGCCCACAUGAGCUUUCAGGCUGCCGCCGCCCUCCUCAAGGGCCGCUCCGUGCUGGAUGCCACGGGCCAGCGGUGCCGCGUGGUCAAACGCAGCUUCGCCUACCCCAGCUUCCUGGAGGAGGACGUGGUGGAUGGCGCAGACACAUUUGACUCCUCAUUUUUUAGUAAGGAGGAAAUGAGCUCCAUGCCCGAUGACGUGUUUGAGUCUCCCCCACUCUCGGCCAGCUACUUCCGGGGCAUCCCACGCUCAGCCUCCCCAGUCUCCCCCGAUGGGGUGCAGACGCCUCUGAAGAAGGAGCAUGGCCGAGGCCUGGUGGACGGGGCCAGGCGCGGCAAGCGCAUCGCGUCCAGGGUGAAGCACUUUGCCUUCGACCGCAAGAAGCGGCACUACGGGCUGGGCGUGGUGGGCAACUGGCUGAACCGGAGCUACCGCCGCAGCAUCAGCAGCACCGUGCAGCGCCAGCUGGAGAGCUUCGACAGUCACCGGCCCUACUUCACCUACUGGCUGACCUUUGUCCACAUCAUCAUCACACUGCUGGUGAUCUGCACGUACGGCAUCGCACCUGUGGGCUUUGCCCAGCACAUCACCACCCAGCUGGUGCUCAGGAACAAAGGUGUGUAUGAGAGCGUGAAGUAUAUCCAGCAGGAGAACUUCUGGAUUGGCCCCAGCUCGAUUGAUUUGAUCCACCUGGGAGCCAAGUUCUCCCCCUGCAUCCGGAAGGACCAGCAGAUCGAGCAGCUGGUGCUUCGGGAGCGAGACCUAGAGCGGGACUCGGGCUGCUGUGUUCAGAACGACCACUCAGGCUGCAUUCAGACCCAGCGGAAGGACUGCUCGGAGACUUUAGCCACUUUUGUCAAGUGGCAGGAUGAUGCCGGGCCCCCCAUGGAUAAGUCUGAUCUGGGCCAGAAGCGGACAUCAGGGGCAGUGUGCCACCAAGACCCCAGAACCUGCGAGGAACCAGCCUCGAGCGGCGCCCACAUCUGGCCCGAUGACAUCACCAAGUGGCCAAUCUGCACCGAGCAGGCCAGGAGUAACCGCACCGGCUUCCUACACAUGGAUUGCCAGAUCAAGGGCCGCCCCUGCUGCAUUGGCACCAAGGGCAGCUGUGAGAUCACCACCCGGGAGUACUGUGAGUUCAUGCAUGGCUAUUUCCACGAAGAGGCAACACUCUGCUCCCAGGUGCACUGCUUGGACAAGGUGUGCGGGCUGCUGCCCUUCCUCAACCCCGAGGUCCCCGAUCAGUUCUACAGGCUCUGGCUGUCUCUGUUCCUCCACGCAGGCGUGGUGCACUGCCUCGUGUCUGUGGUCUUCCAAAUGACCAUCCUGCGGGACCUGGAGAAGCUGGCCGGCUGGCACCGCAUUGCCAUCAUCUUUAUUCUCAGUGGCAUCACCGGCAACCUCGCCAGUGCCAUCUUCCUCCCAUACCGGGCGGAGGUGGGCCCGGCGGGUUCACAGUUUGGCCUCCUCGCCUGCCUCUUCGUGGAGCUCUUCCAGAGCUGGCAGCUGCUGGAGCGGCCCUGGAAGGCCUUCCUCAACCUGUCGGCCGUCGUGCUGUUCCUGUUCAUCUGUGGCCUCCUACCCUGGAUCGACAACAUCGCCCACAUCUUUGGCUUCCUCAGCGGCCUGCUGCUGGCCUUCGCCUUCCUGCCCUACAUCACCUUCGGCACCAGCGACAAGUACCGCAAACGCGCCCUUAUCCUAGUGUCACUGCUGGUCUUUGCCGGCCUCUUUGCCUCUCUCGUCAUCUGGCUCUACGUCUACCCCAUCCACUGGCCCUGGAUCGAGUACCUCACCUGCCUGCCCUUCACCAGCCGCUUCUGCGAGAAGUACGAGCUGGACCAGGUGCUGCACUGACCCCUGAGGGACGGGCUGCCUGUCUGCAGAGCGCCCCAGCCCGCGCCCCAGACACCCGCCACCGGGGGGCCCAGCCCUCCCUCCGCCAGCCACGCCAACUCCACAGGGACAGUCACAGAGGCCGGGUCCUCCAGGGAGGGCGGCCCCCCUUCCUCAGUCUGGGGAACACCCUGAUCACGUGCUCCUCUGCUGCUCCCCGGCUGGCAGGACCCUUGCCCCAACUUGGGCUUCUCUCCAUCCCAAGGUCCUGGGCUUUGCCCAUCUCCUCCCUCAGCCCCUACUGGUGCUGGCCCCUCCACCACACACAUGCACACACAAUUACCGUGCAUGUGCCCUCACUGGGACGUGGCCAGGGUUCCCACCAGGUUCCCGCCCCUGCCUCACCCCUCCCUGCCCUAUGAGCCCAUGUCCCUCAUUCAGCAGUGGCCCAGCGAGCCCGCCCUUCAUGCUCCUGGACCAGAUGUGUGGGACGGGCUCUGCCGUGGUCUGGGGCAGAGGCCGAGCACGGAGACACAGCGAGGCUGGGAAGCUGAGAGCCUCUGCUUGCUGGUGGUGAAGAGAGGCCGUCCUCCCUCUGUCGUGGGCCUCCAUUGGAGUCAGUGUUCUGCCCUGUGGGCUGGCUCUGAGAAGGCCAGCCCUACCCCUCUCUGCCUCACUCCUGCCCAAGUCGGGGCAGGGGCCGGGCCACCUCAAGGACCUGCUCCCAGGGUUGCCCAAGGCUCAGUCAGGCCCUUUUUUACUGGUUUAUAUUAUGGUUCUAAUUUUUAAAAGUAACGCUAACUUUAUAUGGAUGAAGACUCAAAUGUAGUAAAUGAUAGUCUCUA